UUAAAAUUCGGCCUUUUAAUGUACGAAGACAUCUGUAAAUGCACGAAAGCUCGCUUACGCGACCCGCAGAUAACAAGGCGAUUGUUCGUGCUCGCGGCCGAGUGCGAACUCGGCUUGUUUGUGUGGCCGCCCUUCGCUGCUCCGAGGCCGAGCUCGAGGCACACUCUGCGGCGCAGGAUGGACUCAGGCAUUGACUCGACGGAGAGCAGCAACGGCAGCCUGGAGGAGGGCGGCGGCGCGGCACCGGACGUGGCCAUGGAGGGUGAGGCCGCCCCCAGCGAGGAGGCGAACGCUGGUGAGGCCGCGUCCUCCUGCGGCCAGCCUGGCCUCCCGCAGCCGCAGCCGACGGGGGAGGCCCCGCCCGCCGCCCUCGGGACGCAGGCCGCCGCGCCCUCCAACCUAAGGACUCUGGCCGCAGCCGUCGUAAGCUCAGCCGCGCCUGAGGCCAUGGAGAACCACAGCGGCAGCGCUGGCGAGGAGGCCCCUCGGGACAGCAGCACCCUGUUCAAAGUGCCGAAGACGGAGUUUCCUGAAGGGAGUCGGCUAAAACUCCACUUCCCCCUCUACGAGAGUGGCAAUGGUGUACAAGACGGGGAAGUAACAUCUUGUGAAUUGGAGCCUCCGUCUGGUUUAACUUUCGCCAAUGUCUCGCCUUCCAUGUGCUUGAGUCGUGGAUAUGAAGCCUAUUCUCAAGGGUAUGCAGUGCUUCCAUAUGAAAAUAACACCCUCCAGAAAAAAUUGAAAAACCUUCGGCUGAGAAUGAGACAACAGCAUUAUCAGAUACUGUCCAAUAAAGCAAAAGAGAGAAAACUUCGGAUUGCUGCUAGCUUGAAUAAUGUUGAAACAGUAGAGCAGCUUUUAAGGGAAGGCGUCAACCCAAAAGUUACAGAUGACAAGGAGAGAUCAGCCUUGCACAUUGCCGCCUCCAAAGGUUACACAGACAUAGCAAAACUGCUUCUACAACAUGGUGCUGAUCCAAAUCAGCGUGAUGGCGUAGGGAACACCCCACUUCACCUGGCUGCGUGUACGUCACAUAUCCCUACUGUGACCCUACUUCUGAAGGCAGGGACUGAUGUGAGACAGCCCGACAACCAGGGCUAUUCUCCACUCCAUCUUGCCCGCUCAAAACUCAAACUACUUCAGAGAGACAGCAAUUCUUCCUCACAAGAAAUAAAGAAGCAAGUGUACCAGGUUAUUGAAAUGAUGCAAACCUACUUGGAAUGCUCAGGGAAUGCGGAAGAGGCUGAAUUGCUCACGUCCUUCACCAGCCAGCUGUCUCUCUCAGACUCGCGCCAGCAGGUGGAAAGCGACCUUCAGGCUCUCCUGAACUCCUUGACGGACCUGAGUCUUGUCAAAUCUAAAGUGGCUUGAAAAGCUCAACAAGUUGCUCAUCUUCAUUUUUGGAUAAGGAUCUAGAAGGCUGAUUUAUUGCCUUGAAGCCACAAAAGGUAAUACAGGAAAAUGCUGACUGACCAGGAAAGAUAGGCAUACACUAACAUGCACAAAUUGUAUAACAGUACGAGUGGGAUUUUGGUUAUUAGUGUUUAAGAAUUUGAAUUGUUUUCAGACUUGUAUAUAUUUUUGUUAUAUGUAUGAUUAUAAUGCUUUUUUUUCUUAUUCUUCAAUGUAUAUGUUGGAUACCCAAAGUCUUGAAAAGUGAGGAAGUUACAGGAGAGUGAGUGAGUGUAUGUUUGUGUGUGUGUGUGUGUGCGUGUGUGUGUGGUGUGCGUGUGCGUGUGUGCGU